CUCGUAUAUAAUAAACUCGCCGCUUUCCUCCCUACGUUUUCUUCCUUCCUUUUUUGACCAAAAGACGUAACGAAAUUCCGAAGCUUUCUCUCCCUGAAAACAAAGAGUAGCUACCUCUUUGAUGGAUACAUCGCCUCUCCGAUAUCAUUCCUCUUCCACACUUUUGUUGCUCUUCUUUUGUAGCUUCCCCGCUUCCAUUUCCUCUUCUUCUUUCUAUCCUAGUUUUCGUAAGUCCUUCUGACGCAGUUCUAGUUUCUCCUGAAUAACCAGCCGACUACAAGACAACCACCAUGGGGAAUAAAACGCAGAAAAAGAACGCUCGGAUGGAUUUGUUUGAUAGUGAUGAUGAUACAAGUAGUGCAAGCUCUUCCUCCACCAUGCGGUCUGAGCAACCCGGCAUGGAUGGAGUUCAGGUUCACAAAGAUGUUAUGUUGGAUCAAUCCCUUGAUGCUCUCUAUGAGAAAAGGAGUUCAACGAGAGAGCAAGCUCUGGCCUCCAUUGUUGACGCAUUCAACAGCGACUUGCAGCAUGAGUUUGUGGAAAAGAAAUUCGCCACUCUAUUACAUCAGUGUUUACACUGCAUCAAGAAAGGGUCUUGUAAGGAGACCUCGUUAGCAUCACAUGUUAUUGGGUUGCUAGCAUUGACUGUUGGACUCAGUGACCAAGCACAAGAGAUUCUUGAAGAAUCCGUAACUCCCCUUUCUCAAGCCCUUAAAUCUGGUCGCGAAGCCUUGAAAAUAACCUCGAUUCUUGAGUGUUUAGCAGUCAUAACCUUCGUUGGUGGGGCCAAUGCAGAGCAAACCGAGAGAUCUAUGCAAAUAAUAUGGCAAAUGAUUCACCCCAAACUAGGCUCUAAUGUUGUUGCAACCAAACCUUCACCUGCUGUGAUAACGACCGUUGUCUCUUCCUGGGCGUUUCUGCUCACAACAGUUGAUAGAUGGACCCUAGGUCCCAAAAUUUGGCAAGAGGUUGUGACAUACCUCUCCUCAUUGUUGGAAAAAGAUGACCGGUCUGUACGGAUAGCUGCAGGUGAAGCGCUUGCGCUUAUAUUCGAGUUGGGAACUCUAGAGAAGUUUGCUGCUGAAGCCAAAGCGUCUUCUGCUAAUGGAUCAGUGAAAGAAGGAAGUGUGUCUCAGGAGGCAUUGAUGAACAUGCAUGGCUUGAAAUCUAAAGUCACUAAUCAAGUUAGAGACCUCGCUGCAGAGGCAGGUGGUAAAGGUUCCGCUAAGAAAGAUCUCAACACACAACGAAGUUUGUUCAAAGAUCUCGUUGAGUUUCUUGAGAAUGGAGUCGCACCUGAGACCAUUACAAAGGUUGGAGGGGACUCUUUACAGACAUCAACAUGGUAUCAGAUGAUACAGUUAAACUUUUUGAAGCAUUUCCUUGGGGGUGGCUUUAUAAAGCAUAUGCAGGAGAAUGAGUUCCUUCAUGAUGUAUUUAGUUUCACUCCUAAGAAGAUUGGUGGACAUUCUACUAUGUCUAGUGAAGAAAAGAGGUUGUUUAAAUCACCAAACUCAGCUCUCAACAAGGCAAGGACACUAUUCUUGAACAAGCAGAGGAUGUUAGCAAAGAAUAUGAACGUUGGGCAUUACGCUGCGAUGGUGGAGAAUGAAUGAAUGAUAUGAUUAUGGCUUCACUAUUUGUCUACCGUUAGAAUCAUAUGAUUGAAUAUUUGUAGCAUUUUAAGUCUCUUCUAAUAAAGUUCUCGGAUGUGUUUUUCCGAUGAUAUAACAGUUGUUGGUUGCUCUUAGAGAGCCAUAUUGAUAAACUGUAACUUUGAGUGUGACGUUAUCACACAAUCAUAGCCUCUGAGUGACCACUUAUGGUUGUGAUUCGGCCUUGCAGAAGAUAUAAUAAGGUAACACAUACACUGCAAGAUGCUAACCAUUGACACCAAUUUAGUGGUGUUUGUAUCUACUAGAUAUA